AUGGCUGACGUUGACGUUACAGCUUUUAUUCCAUUAUGGGAUAUGUGUAACCACGAACAUGGAAAGAUAACUACAGAUUUCAACAAGGAUUUGAACCGUGGUGAGUGCUAUGCAGUCCGUGAUUUCAAGAUUGGCGAACAAAUUUUUAUAUUCUACGGCGCUAGACCCAACGCGGACUUGUUCCUUCAUAAUGGAUUCGUUUAUCCAAACAACAAACACGACAGUCUUACCCUUUCCCUCGGCGUGUCUGCAAACGAUCCACUACACGACAUUAAAUUGUCUCUUCUAAACAAACUUGGUCUGGCCGGUGUUACUCACUUCAGCCUAUAUGCUGGAGAAAAUCCAAUAAGUGCUGAGCUGUUGGCUUUCAUCAGGAUAUUCAAUAUGAAUGAAGAGGAGUUAACUAAAUGGUCAAAGCAAGGACUACCUAGUGACCUGGUGUCAUCAGAAGCUUCGAGUGCUGAAACUGUGGGUGCGCACAUCGAUAGACGCGGAUACACUUAUUUGCUAACGAGGUGCAAACUCAUCGCCGCUUCGUAUAAAAAGAGCAAUGAUGACGUUGAUUCUUUACAUAAGAAAAAUAUCAAACUGCUAAAGGAAUGUGAAGUACAAAUACUAGAUGGUGCCAUUAAGUAUUUAGAAGAAGUUCUACGUAAACUACCCACCGUGGAAGAUACAACUAAUUAA